AUGGCGGCCAAAUCUCAAGGUGAAAAAAAGGUUAGAAAUCACAUACCCGAUGAUCUUGUAUUCUCUAUUUUGUCAAAACUUUCUUUAAAACCUUUGAAGCGAUUUGGAUGCGUAAGAAAAACAUGGGCUCUCUUGUUAGAAAACCCUUGCUUCCAAACUAAUUUCAUAUCUAUUCCUCACUCUUAUUACGAUGGUACUUCGCUCCUCUUAUAUGAGGCUGUGGAAUGUCUGGAUUAUUCUCUUCAUUGUUCUUUCUAUUUACUUUCUGAUGAGAGGUAUGAGAAUCAAGUCAAAUUAGACUUUCCAAAUCCAUUUCAAGAGGACAACCCUUUUAGUGAUUUUUAUAAUUGUGAUUUUUAUGGGUGUGAUACUUUUACUGGAACUCUUUGUCUAAAACAACGAAACACACUUUCAUUGUGGAACCUAACUACCCAUGAAUUCAAGGUCAUUCCACUCAGUCCCAUUGAGUUUGUCCCACCUUAUCGUGAGGCUUCAGUUGAUGUUCAUGGAUUUGGUUAUGACUAUAUUAAAGAUGACUUUAAGAUUAUUAGGUAUAUACAAUUUACUCCAAUAAGUAGUGGGCGUCUUAAACGUCUCAAUGUGCAACAUGAAGAUGUGUCAUGGAAUGAAAUAUCCUAUGAACCUGAGUGGGAGAUUUACAGCCUAAGGUGCAACUCUUGGAAGAAACAUGAUGUUAAUAUGCCUAAGCGUUGGUGUAGUGGUUCAUAUGAACCAUUGUACAUUGAUGGAUUGUCUCAUUGGUGGUCUGUAAGUGAAAAUUGUGAUGAACAUCUUUUAGUUUCAUUUGAUUUGAGCAACGAGAUGUUUUUUACGACAACCAUACCUAUAGACAUACCGUUAGACAUAGAUACAAAUUUUCAUCUUGGUUUUGUGUAUAGACGAUUGGUGGUGCUUAAUAGAUCCAUUGCUUCGAUCUCAUGGUAUUUAUUAGAUAAAACUAUUUUUUACAUAUCAAUUUUGGGUGAACUCGGCGUGAAAGAAUCAUGGACUAAACUAUUUGUUGUUGGACCACUUCCUUACAUUGAUCGUCUUAUUGGAGCGGGAAAGAAUGGUGAUAUAUUCUUCCAAAAAAAAGAUGGUAAGCUAGUCUGUUUCAGUUUAAGUACUCAGAAGACUGAAGAACUUGGUGUUAAAGGAGCGCAUUUUUAUGAUCUUGCAAUUUACAAGAAAAGUUUUCUCUCAAUUGGUGGAAUAAAUCAUUAA